AUGCCCGUCAAAGGCUCCAUGAUUCUCUCCACUGCGCUCCGAGGGCUCUUUGUUCCACCGUCGACUCUACGAGCCUCUGUAGAUAGAAAAUGGCUCAUCUCGCGCGAGACAGAAUCUGAGCAUCAGAACAGCGAGAGUCCAAAGCCAGGCUUGUCGAGGGCGUUUAUAAACAAAGAUCGCCAGAUAAACAUACCGAAGAGCAGGUCCUUCGGUCAAAAAACAGUUGAGCCGCGGCGGGCGCGCUCCACCCACCCACCCACCCACCCACCCACCCCGCCCAGGAUCCCCCAACCCCCUUCCUCGUCCCUGGAAGAAGUCGACCCCGCCCACAAGAGCCACCCCUGGAGGUCAGAGCGAGGGGCAUUAGCGGCCUCCACUGAUACCCACCUGCCAACACCCAAGAAGAGGGAGGAAGAGGAGGAGGAGGAGGAGGAGAAUCGACAGAAAGAGAACACGAAGAAGAAGAGAGAGAAGAAACAGCAAAGAGAGGCAGCUCACGAUAAUGAUAAGCAGACCGUGGCCAGCAACUCCUCCUCCUCCUCCUCCUCUCCCUCCUGCUCCUGCUCCUCCUCCUCAGACGCCGAAAUUAGGAUAAGACCAAUGCCGAAUUUAGAGCUGCUUGUGGCCAAGCGCCUUCCACAGGCCACGGCCUUCGAGAGAACCAUUCUGCAUUCGAAGCGCACAGGACUGACGCCCUCAAUGCGCCUGCGUGAUAGCACACUCCUGAAGCGUCCAGGGUUCCAGGAUGCUGAACCACCAACGAAAGUAUCCGAAGGGGAACACAAGCGUGACCUUUGUUCCUCACAAGUUCAUCAUUUCCCUGCCACAGCCACAGGAGGGCUUGACCGAGAUGCGAAGGACCAGGGAGGAGGGUAUGAGGGCCGGAGUGAGACGGAGGCGGCGGCGGCGGCGGUGGUGGUGGACGGCAAUAGCGCUGAUGGGUUGAGUGGAUGA